GGCUCCCACUUCAGCCCCGUUGCAUGAUGGUUAAAUAGCCUGGCCCUGGGACCCGCCAUUUUCUGUUGGGGCUGGCGGGAAAAGCGGGAAGGGAGCGAAGAAGAGCAGCGCGAGCGCCGCCGCGGGACGAACCAACGGCUCCAACGGUCGCCGAAGCGCGAGGCUAGAGACCCGCUCAGGUUUCUUGUAUUUUAAGGACUUCCGAGGAUGGCCCGUACAAAGCAGACUGCCCGUAAAUCCACUGGUGGGAAAGCUCCCCGAAAGCAGCUGGCCACUAAAGCCGCUCGGAAAAGCGCGCCGUCCACUGGUGGAGUAAAGAAACCUCACCGCUACAGGCCUGGGACUGUGGCGUUGCGAGAAAUCCGGCGGUAUCAGAAAUCCACGGAAUUGCUGAUCCGCAAGUUGCCGUUCCAGCGCUUGGUCCGUGAAAUUGCUCAGGACUUUAAGACGGACCUGCGGUUCCAGAGUGCUGCCAUUGGCGCUCUGCAGGAAGCCAGCGAGGCGUACCUCGUAGGUCUCUUUGAAGACACCAACCUGUGUGCGAUCCACGCCAAGCGGGUCACCAUCAUGCCAAAAGACAUACAGUUGGCUCGCCGUAUCCGUAUCGAACGGGCUUAAGUUCCUCCCAACCAAACACUUAAACAACCCCCCCUCCCUGGGCAGCCCCACCCUGCUUGUGCAGUGUACUUAGUAUACACUCCAGGUUUUAUUUUUAAUUUUUUUCUCCUACUCCUGUUUGUAGUGGCUAGGACAUGUGAGGAAAUGUUAGAUUAUCUCUCGUAGUACCCCUCCAAAACCAGGAGACUCGAUUCCUAUUCAUCAUGUGCAAGCAAAAAAAGAGAAAGAAUCCCUUUGAAAUCUGCAAGACCUCUGGAUGUUGUUUUUUGUAAAACCUUUUUUUUCAGAAUUGCAAAAAAAAAAUAAAAAUAAAAAACAAGAACAAACCCUACAGGGGAUACUUUUGAAAUAUCUGGUUUUGUAUACACAAUUUAAGUAGAUGUAGGCAUUUCAACUAUAAGAGCUUUCGGUCUUCAGUUUGUAAAAUAUCUGGAAAGAACACUACACACUUUUUUUCCCUUUGUAUUUAGCAAGGAAUGCUUUCCAAAUCAUUUUUUUUCCUUUCCUGUUUUCCAUUUGUCUUGUAUCUGUGACUUUGACCUUUGUACCAAUAGGGACUCACCUUGAAGCAGUAAAGGAAAACAAAUAAAUGUUGAAUGACAACAGUU